AUGAUGCCCCUUUACUUGUUCACCGGUCUAUUGGACGACGUUCAUGAAUUAGAAGCAUAUCCUCCUUAUUCAAUAAUGACUUCAGAACUACCCUUCACGGAUCAAGAAAAAGGCCAUGACGUGGGUGUCAAUGCCAGUGACAGAGAUUCCGACGAAGAGUUCGUCAAGGAUGGCGAUAUCAAUUAUAAGGUAGCUGAAGGUGCAAACACCUCAAUCGCAACUUAUCAAGAUGCGAGGGGUGCCCCGGUGGAAAAGGAAUCUCCUUUGGGAUAUUCUGUCAAUUCAUGGGUGAGCUUGUGUUUGAACAUCAACCAAAUGAUUGGUACUGGUAUUUUUUCAACACCGGCUACGAUAUUGAGCGGUGUCGGUUCGGUGGGUUUGACGAUGAUCUACUGGUUAAUAGGGUACCUGCUAUCCCAGAGUACCCUCUCUUGUUAUCUGGAGCUAUCAUCGUACUUUCCCAGUCGUUCUGGAUCCGACGUCGUAUACCUAGAACAAGCAUAUCCGAAACCGUUGUACUUUUUCCCCACGGUAUUCGCUAUAAAACACGUCAUCUUCUCGUUUGCGAGCAGCAACGCAAUUGUUUUUGCCCAGUAUAUGUUCAAGCUUGCCGGGCAUACAUACACAGCGUGGCAGUUGAAGGCAGUGGCUGUUGGCGUAUAUACUCUGGCAACAUUAGUUGUCAUAUCGAGCACCAGAUGGUCUCUACGAGUUGUUCUCGGAUUUGGCUUCAUCAAGCUCGCAACUUUGUUACUAAUAUCGAUUGCGGGCUUAGUAGUGCUCGGAGGGCAUACUCGCGUGGAAGAUCCUAAUAUCAACUGGCGAGAUGCGUGGAGAGGAACAUCGAGUGCCACCGCAUACGGUGCCACUAAUGCCAUGGUCAAGAUCAUUUUCUCCUAUGCAGGCUAUACAAAUGCCUUUGGUCUCGUGAACGAGAUGAAGAAUCCAACCAAAACCCUUCGAUGGAGUGCACCGUCUUCUUUGAUUGUGGUCACAGUUCUUUACAUCUUGACCAACGUUGCUUACUUUUCCGUCGCUUCGCGAGAGGAUAUCUUGUCAUCCAAGCAGAUCGCUGCCUCAGUGUUUUUUCAAAAAGUAUUUGGUACCGGUGGAGCUGCACGAGCUCUUAAUGUGCUUAUUUGUAUAAGUGCGUUUGGCAACCUCGUUGCUGUCCUGAUCAAUUCGUCAAGACUACUUCGUGAAACUGGAAGACAGGGUGUCCUUCCUUAUCCAAAGUUCUGGACUUAUACAAAACCUUUCGGAACGCCUUUAGGACCUUAUGUGUUUAUAUGGACAACAACAUUGAUCAUGAUCCUCGCGCCACCAGCCGGCGAUGCCUUUAACUUUGUGGUGGAUCUUGCUGUCUACCCUGGAAAUGUGUUCAACUUACUUCUAGUGGUUGGUUUGGUCUUCAUUCGGCGACGCCGUAGUCGAGCUGGACUUCCACGACCUCAGUAUCGUGCAUGGGAUAUUGCCAUUGCGUUUGCAACUCUUACGAAUACUUACAUGCUCAUAGCUCCAUGGUAUCCACCUCUCAAAGGUGCUACCGGUGGCGACGUCAGUUUCUGGUACGGAACGUACCUUGUCGUGGGUAUUGGACUACUCCUGCUCUGUGGCGUAUACUACUGCGUAUGGAUCAAAGCUCUACCAAGAAUCAAGGGCUAUGAGCUUCGACAGACGGUAAUAGAGUAUGAGAACAAAUCAGUUGUCCAUCACUUGGUCAAGGUUCCCAAAGCCGAAGUCGCCCGUUGGGACGAGGAACAUGAUGCCGAGGGCAAGGUGCGGCGGCGGGUGGCUCGUGAUUCUACGGAUUCUUAG